AUGGUACUGAUCAAACUCAAUCCAACGGUGGACGCCACAGAUGCCGUGGCGUCUUCCAAGCACUCGGCAGUUCUUCAUAGGCAUCUGGACACGACGUUUUUUAACAUGACGAGGUCUGAAGGAAACUUUUUGAUCCUCGAGAAUGACCGCAAGAUAUUUGAUGCUUCGGGAGGCGCUGCGGUCGGUUGCCUUGGCUGGGGCAACCAGAGAGUUGCCCAAGCUGUCACCAACCAGGUACUUGCCGCACCGUACUGUGCGACCAUUUUCUACACCACCAGGGUCCAGGAAGAGCUAUGCCGCGAUUUGGUCCAAUCGACAAACGGGGCCAUGGCGCGUGCCUACAUCGUCAACUCAGGCUCCGAGGCAAUGGAGGCGGCUGUGAAGCUCGCCAGGCAGUACUUCCUCGAGAUUGACCAGCCACAGCGGACUCGAUUCAUUUCUCGGAAGCAGUCAUACCACGGCAUCACUCUUGGUGCACUAUCCGUGGGAGGCCACGAGGUUCGGCGGGCCAAGUUCGAGCCACUCUUGAUCAAGAAUGUCUCGAGAGUGUCGCCGUGCAACGCAUUCCGCGGCAAAGCCCCUGGUGAGUCAGAUGAGGAAUACGCCGAGAGGCUGGCCAAGGAACUUGAUGAGGAGUUUCAGCGAGUAGGACCAGAGAACGUUUGCGCUUUUGUUGCUGAGCCCAUUGUUGGAGCUGCUCUUGGGUGUGUGCCUGCGGUCAAGGGUUACUUUCAAGCCGUGAGGGACGUGUGUGACAAGUAUGGCGCACUCUUGAUCCUUGACGAGGUGAUGUGUGGUAUGGGGAGGAGCGGCACUCUGCACGCAUGGGAGCAGGAGGGUAUUGUACCUGAUAUCCAGACCAUCGGGAAGGCCCUCGGGGGCGGUUACCAACCCGUAGCCGGCCUUCUUGCUGGUCACCGGGUGGUCAAUGCACUCGAAAAGGGUUCCUCUGUCUUCGUCCAUGGUCACACAUACCAAGGCCAUCCUGCCGCAUGUGCCGCAGCCUUGGAGGUGCAGCGGAUUGUUCGAGAGGAGAACCUUUUGAGCAAUGUCCGCGCAAUGGGUGAUCUUCUCUCGAGCAGGCUGCGUGAAAUACUCGCAAGCCAUCCGAACGUCGGUGAUAUCCGUGGCCGGGGCCUCUUCUGGGGCAUCGAGUUUGUUGCGGACAAGGAGAAUAUGGCCCCUUUCCCGUCAGAGGACCACGUUUGCAUGGAAAUCUGUCAGCUGGGGCUGACCGACAAGUAUGGGAUCAACGUGUAUCCAGGCGGCGGAUCAGUUGAUGGAAUUACGGGCGACCACAUUAUCAUCUCGCCAGCCUUCAAUAUCUCGCGUGAAGAUGUCGAGUGGAUCGCGGCAACAGUAGGCCGGCUUGUGUCCGACUAUUUCGCAGCAAAGGCCGGGACUCAAUAA